AUACUGGGGAAAUCACCAUCCGCAGUAAUGGAGAAACACAAAAGAAAUAUAACGUUCUAAACAUAGCAUGCAUCAAUGGCUAACAACCAUCGAUUCCCCAUCGACGCUGCUGGAAUGCAAGGUGGGCCAAAGCUUCAACGCGAUGAACUAGAAAGAAUAGAACGAAGAGGUGGAAAAUGUGCAUCGUUUUAAAGGUGAGCGGCGCAUGAUGCAUCCAUCGCCUAGCUGCCGC